CAUCGCUUCGUUGCGGGAGCGCGCUGAAUCGCUCCCUUCUGUCUCGAUGAAGUUGCUACAAAGAUGGCGGAUUUCCUGCCGUCCCAGUCCUUUCUAAAUGUAUGUUUCCCGAACUGCCUCCUCAGCAGUAACGAGGCAGAACAACUGAGGAAAUCUAAGGAGAUCGACAAGUGCCUAAAACGGGAUAAAACGUACGUGAAGCGGCUCGUUAAGAUCCUGCUGCUGGGCGCCGGGGAGAGCGGCAAGUCCACUUUCCUCAAACAAAUGCGCAUUAUACACGGGGAGGACUUCGAUCAGCGGGCCAAAGAGGAGUUCCGGGCUACGAUAUACAGCAAUGUAAUCAAAGGAAUCCGGGUUCUGGUUGAUGCCAGAGAGAAACUGCACAUCCCCUGGGGAGAUCCCGCCAACCAGCUUCACGGGGAGACCAUGAUGUCCUUCGACACACGCUCCGUCCAGAUUGCGCAGGGCAUGGUGGAGACGAAGAUCUUCUUGCAGUUCCUGCCCUCCAUACGCUCGCUGUGGAGCGACAGCGGCAUCCAGAAUGCCUAUGACAGACGGCGAGAAUUUCAGCUGGGUGAAUCUGUGAAAUACUUCUUGGACAAUGCUGGUAAACUAGGACAGCUGGACUAUUUGCCUUCACAACAAGACAUCCUCUUAGCUCGGAAGCCUACCAAGGGUAUCCACGAGUACGACUUUGAAAUCAAGAAUGUGCCUUUCAAGAUUGUUGACGUGGGAGGGCAAAGGUCGGAGCGCCGGCGAUGGUUCGACUGCUUUGACAGCGUCACCUCCAUCCUCUUCCUCGUCUCUUCCAGUGAGUUUGACCAGGUGCUGAUGGAGGACCGGCAAACCAACCGGCUCAAGGAAUCACUCAAUAUCUUUGAGACUAUAGUCAACAAUUGCAUCUUCAGCAACGUCUCCAUCAUCUUGUUCCUCAACAAGACGGACCUCUUGGAAGAGAAAGUCAAAAUUGUAGCCAUCAAAGACUAUUUCCCUGAGUACAUUGGGGAUCCCCAUAAUCUGGCCGACGUGCAGAAGUUCCUGGUGGAGUGCUUUCGCAGCAAGCGCCGAGACCAGCAGCAGAAGCGCCAAGACCAGCAGCAGAAGCGCCGACACCAGCAGCAGAAGCGCCGAGACCAGAAGCAGAAGCCCCUCUACUACCACUUCACCACAGCCAUUAACACAGAGAACAUUCGACUGGUUUUCCGUGAUGUCAAGGACUCCAUCUUGCACGACAACCUAGAGCAGCUUAUGUUACAGUGAUGCUUAUUGUCAGAGACUUUCGUUUUUACUCCAUUUAAUUAAUAACCUUAGGGAGGGAAUGUCUGCGGUGAGUGAAAUGAGGAAAGCAGAUGGUCGUCAGCAGUAGUGUUUGAAAAUUUAUAGUGGUGACCAAGAUCAUGAACGUAAGAGUCUAUUUAAAGUUGCCUUGAAUACUGUAAUUCUUUAGGAUACUGUUGAGCUUCCCUCCUCCCUCUAAGUAACACCACUGAUGCCAUUUUAAAGUCUGUUUAACUAAUGGAACAGAAAGAGUAUAAUGAUAUCAGAACAGUCCUUAUUUGUCUUACUGAGCCUCUGUUACGGUUUAGCUUGAGCUGAACCAGUGCUUUAAGAUCUAUGUUCUGAGCCACUCUGUCCAUACCUGGUUUUAUUUUAGUUUUCUAAUUGCUUGUCCUUGAAUAUUUUUGUUGAUUUCAUUAUACAUACAUGCCUAAAUUAUAUUUCAUUGGUUUACAGUUCAUUGCCUCCAGGAUUUAGUACUUCUGGUGGGUACAUAUCCCACUGAAUGGAGCUCCUGAUGACAUGGGUACCCACAUACAAGCAGACGCGCUUGGAGACCACUUGAUUUCUCAUACUGUAGUUGACUUUACAAGAACUACAGUAUUUGUUUUAAUCUCAGGGCUGAAUGUAGACCACUUUAUUUUUGCUAAAAUGUACAUUUGUGUUUAACAAAAGGUAUUUCCAAAGUGACAAAUUAAAGUGUAUUUGUUGAUCAGUGGCCAUUUUAAUAAAUCCUAAGUUUGUGUGGUGCCAAUAGAGGCAGUUGGCAUUUUUAAGUUUGGUCUAUUUGUCAAGAAGGAGUGAAGGUGUUUUUCCCCUUAGCUAAAUUGUUCUUUUAAAUCCCAGAACAACACGUCUGUGUACUUGGUUAGAAACACCUGCCCAAAGUGACACUUUUUUUGUGCCAAUUACUAAUCAGUUACACUUCCCUGUGUCAGAUGUAUUCAAAAGGGAUAGAAAUUGCUUUUUGGAUCUUGUAAAGACUGAUUUUUUUUAUAGUUGUAUAAAAAGUGUCUUGUGUAAAUGUGCCUACUCAACGCAAUCUUUUUUGUUUUUUGUUUUUUUUUUUUUACUAAAAGUUGCAUAACCCACACUGAUUAUGUAACCUGUUAAUAUAUUCCUUUUUUCCCCAAAAUUGAUGUUGUCUUAUUGCUGUAUUUAGUCAUUAAUUAGAUUUUCUCAGUGUCAGUCAGAAUCUGAUGUGACCUGAUAUAUAUUGCAGUCCUUUAAAAAGUUGCAUUACAUUUUGCAGACAUGAGAUACGUACUGUUUUUCCACUUUGGAAAUAAGUGUGUUAUCAUUGGACUUGCCUGCAUGCUUUGAAGAGUUGCAGCUUAGGUAUUGACUCUGCAUUGAUGUUUUUACCCGUCCCUUUCAAUGUGAGAGCUGCGGAGAGGGAUGAGUGAUCCUCUUGAUUUUACAGCACAUACAUAUAUAGAUAUACUGAGGGCUGAAAUGUAUGUGCUCAUUGGCUUGGUAUUUAAGUGUCAAUGACGUGAAUGUCGAUAUGAUGGUUUUUGAAACCUUGAUUUACCUUCUGAAGUUCACCUGACAUUACAAACAAACAAAAAAAAGACUUCUGACAGCACCUCUGAAAUGUAUAAUGCUUAUAUGUGUGUACUGACAAGCCUGUUCAGUGUUCCACUACUGGGAUUUAUAGGCGUUUAUAAACACACACAACUAAUAUGAGGCCUGUAUUUUCUUUUUAUUUUUUUGUGUGUUAGGGGGAUAUCAUUUGAAGCUUGCAUGUUUAUUAUGAAUGCUGUCUCUAUAUGUAGAGGUAAGCAUUCUUUUUGUUUAUUAAAAAAACACAGGAAAGUUUGGUUAAGAGCUGCCAGGUGACCUGUGUUAGGCGAAAUGUGGAACUGAAAUUUUGAUCCAUCUUUUCGCUACAAUGGUUGCUUUUGAUCUCCUGCUGAUCACAGAGUAAUAUGGAGAUCUGUCCCUAUUUCACUGUUACAGUUGCACCGUAGCCUUACAGAGUCUGCACAGUUAUGAGUACACCUUCAUUUGCUCUCAGCUACAGACGGUUACUACUCUAACAACCCCCCCCCCCCCCCCCCCCAGAUCAAUAUUGCCUGUGAUGAUUCAAGUUGCCUUUUUUUCCCCUUUCAAAAUUCUGAAGACCCCCCAAACAGCUGUGUCUGCCAUGAGAGUGACCGGACCUUUUCUGUACAGUAACAUGCUUGAUAAAGUGUAGAUUGGGAUGCCUUAGACUAUGAAGCCAGGGUAGAAACCAAAAUCAGCUGUACUUCAGAUGGACACUUCCAAUACACCCUGUGCCUCUGGAAUGACCUUUUUUGUAUUUACUCAAGAUUCAUUUUCUACUUUGACUCUUAACACUGUAAUAAGCAAACAAGACCCUUAUGUUGUAAAGUGUGUGAUUACUAAUUACUGAUGUCCGUCUGAUGGGUGAACUAGGAUGAAACUAAAGUUAACCCGCAGAUAUUUUGGGUAUGUCUCUGUCUUGGACUAAAAUAUUGUCAUAAACAGAUGCUGGGUUUCAGUGUAAUGGAUUCCAGUUAAUCUUAUCCAGUUAAAAAGACUCACUGUGUCAAAGGGCUUCUGGUUUACUAUGCUCGCUCGCUCUCUCUCCACCCCACCUUCCAGCCUUUCAGAACCGAUACCUGCAGGUCAUUUCUGUGAGAAGCCUAUGCAGUUAGUGCAUGAAUUAAAGUAUUUUUUACAAAUGUUUCUAAAGUGACUUUUUUUUAACCUUUAUCAUUGAAUAAGUGCAAAACAGUGAGUUUUCUGAGCUGAGAUUUUGCCAUGUCUCCUGCUCCAGCUGUAGUAAAACAUCUGUCCAGUUUAUAGUUUCAUAUCUGGUCUAUCGCCUUAUAGGGUUAUUUUUUUUAUGGUCUUCGGUAAAGGUUUAUUUUUAAAUCUUAGUGUGCCAAUAUGUUCUUGGAAGUCUUAACCUUUUUAUGUCAGAUUCAAGGUUGAAUCAAAUGUGUUCAAUUAGCCCUGUCUCUUUACAGUGAUUUACAAGUAUUUUCACCUGUAUAGCGGUUUGUGUUUUUUGCCGUAUUCUGUGCCCUGAAAGGCAGGGUGUAAUAUUGCAUAUACAGGGGAUAAACAUUUCAUUGAUUCAGCCUUGAAUGUGGACUUUUGGGGGGAGAGAAGCUGCUCACAAUGUGCAAGUUACCUUGCUUGAAAAGCCAAUGUUUGAUAUCCUGAAGCCCUCUGUAAUAAUACUUCCUGUACCGUUGCUGAACUACUCUGCUGUUAUGCUCCUUUCAUUCUUUCAAUAAAAAUAAAACACUCUGAAGUUGGA